AAGCACACACUUUAACAAUUUAAAUGGUUUUGUGAUUUCUCUGUACUCAGACAUCUGCAUAAUUUGAUGUGUUCGUAGACAAAAUGUGCACAUCUCCUCCCACUUCCUGCCUGUCUUCCCUUGUUGCUAAAGAGCACACUUUAGAAUGACUGAGCAAAAGAUGCAGUGAGAAAAACCUGUUCAGCAUAAAAUAAUUGAAUAGUUGAUUGCAUAUUAAUUUGCUAACUGAUGAUACAGUGACUAUUUAACACUCAAACAUAGUCUAUGCUGAACAUAUUGACAAAGGAUUUCGCAAUGCUGUUUAUCCUGAGACCGACAGUUUGGGCUGAUUAUUGCAAAAACGCCUACUGAGAGUGUGUGCAGAAUGACCUCCAAUACAACUCUUUCCCUUCACUCCAACUCCAAAAUCUCAAUGUACCAUGAGAAAAUGACAGUGGAUAUUGUCUUCUACACCAUCAUUGUUCUCCUCGGAACCACCGGGAACUCUUUGGUCAUCUGGGUUGCCGGUUUCCGCAUGAAACCCACCGUCACUAACGUUUGGCUGGUUAAUCUCGCCGUAGCGGACCUGAUCUUCUGCUUGACACGAGCUAUUUCUCUCACCAAAAGCAUUUUCUUUGACUAUUGGCCUUUUGGAGUUUUUCUGUGCAAGUUCAAUGGUUUCUUCAAGUACGCCAACAUGUUCUGCAGUGUUUUUCUUCUGGCCGUCAUCAGUGUGGAUCGAGCGCUCUGCGUUUGCCAUCCAGUGCUCACCAGAGAACGACGGACGUUAUGUGCCGCUCGGGUGGUCAGUGUGGGAGUUUGGAUUGUGGCGGUUAUGUUCAGCUCACCAUACUUUGUGUACCGACAGGUCUUUCCCGGCAAGAACAACUUGAGCCACUGCUCAUUCAAGGAGAAAGGAGCAGCAGAAGCAGGUGACAAUUCAGCAAAGUAUGUCUACUACUGCAUUCGUUUCAUCUGUGGAUUCUUGUUGCCCUUCCUGGUCAUCCUUAUCUGUUACAUACUAGCUGCUGUUGGGAUACGCAGAACGCGGCUCUCUGGAAAAUCGAGGCCUCUUCGGAUUCUUGCUGUAUUGGUCUGUGCCUUUUUCUUAUGUUGGGCUCCAUACCACUUUCUAGGGCUGGUCAAGUUGAUGAAUAAAGACAACAAGGCAGUAAAAGAAGGAUGGAUUAUGGCUUCACACUUAGCUUAUUUCAACAGCUGCGUGAACCCGGUUCUGUAUUUCUGCAUGGGGCUGGAUGUUAGUCGACGCUGCAACCAAAGUUUGUCUGGGAUUUUUCAUAGAGCACUGAUGGAUGAAGGCCAAAAUCUCUCACAACAAGGCACUAGAGAAGAAAGCUGUAAUUCCUUUCCAAAAACUGCAGACACUGAGUUUGUCACUAAAGUUUAAGAGAUUCAUAUCUAGAUCAAUAUUAAACAAAGUGAAAAGUUAAUGCUUUAAUAUGUAGGUGGAGCCUUUAUGAAAAUAUUGCAAAAUACUCAAAAUAAGGUAAUUUGUCAUAUAUGUAUUUUUUCAUACAAAUGCUUAUGCGACAAUUGUACAUUUUUAUGAUUGGUUAUGUUUGCCUACACAUGUUGUUUGUUAAUUAACAGGAUGACAUUGGCAGGAAGAGAAAACAGAAAUUACUUGUAGCCUAAUAUGGGGUCUACAAGUCAUUUCUGUUUUCAAAGGGCACAAUUUUUAGACCAGGAUUGCAUUACUACUGGGGUUAAUCUGCUCUAAUUUUUUAUUGUUCAUUUUAUUCCUGUAAUAUGUCUUUGCAAUAAAUACACAGUGUAUGAAAAAAAGGUAUCUGAUGCAAUUACUAUUCAUAAGAAAAAAAUCUGAUAAAGAAUUUCAAUAUUUCAGUAGUUCAAGUUCUGAUAUCUUCUGUGAUUAAGAGCUAAAGGUUUAGGGUUUUCGAUUCACUAUUUAAUGGCAUUACUGAGCACACUUAACUAAAAUCUGCAGUGACACCGCAACAUUAAAGGUUGAGCAAUAUUGCAAAAUAACAAAGUGAACAAAUACUACUUGUGUUCCUAUGUCUUGUGUUUUCCUUCCCUCAUAUGUCCUUAUUUGCUUUUCUUCCUGUUCCUGUCCUCAUUGUUAUCAUAAACUGUAACGUUAACUUAGUUGCUGUUUGGCAAAUGAAUGUCGGAGCCGUCGUAUUCAACAUUUUCACAACUUACUCGACGUGGAGGUUCCUGUCACAGUGUGCUCACUUUUAAUUGUUUAUUAAUUUUCAAUUGUUGUUGAUGCGGUGUGUUUGUUACUGAGCGUGUCUUUUCAAGCAUCUGGCAUACCUUACUGAGGUGAUGUAAUUACGUUAAGCAGCUGUAAUAACGUUAAAUCUGAAGUGCGGUACAACUGUGUUCAGAGCGCUUUAUGCCUUCAACAGGAGCUGGCAGAGGAAUUGUCAAAAAAAGAAGAUACCAUUUACGACGUUUUUUAUUUAAAAGAGAUUAAGAAACGACUAGGUGAAGAUCUGACAUCGCGGAAUUCUUCAAGGAUAACACUAUCACCCGUUCUGCUGCCAAACGAGAUUGCUGUCAUUCAAGAAGUUCUCAUUUCCUCCCCUGUUGUGGCUGAGCUACACAUUCUCUUCAUUUUAUUUUAAACAAAACAUCCAUUGGAGAUGGCACCUACGCUGGAAUUUAUACAAAUUCUUCCUGUGAAGAAAUCCUGAACGAGGGUCAAAGGUUCAGAUGAAGGGAACCAAAGGCUACACUUUCAAGACUCAUGUAUGAACAACUCCGAGAAUCCAUGUACAAUUUGAGCUCUUUUUCAAAUCUCAACAUGAUCUGAACAUGAAGAAAGAAAGAAAAAAAGAAGUAGUGUCCUUAAACUGGCACAUGGCAAGAGAUACUAAAAGCACACAAACACUUGGAGCCCUGCUCUUAAUUCAGACUGUAUAGUUCUCCUAGUUUCACACUGAAAUGUCAGGCAUGAAUGCAUGAAUCUUUGUUCCAUAUUUUUAAAUACUGUACAAGAACAUAUUUUUGCAGAACCAUGUCAAUUGUAGAUACAGGGUGAGGGUGAGUAUCUGAUGACAGAAUUCACAUUUUUGGGGGAACUGUCUUUUUAAAUAAUGUGUUCUCCUGUAGGAAAUUGGUGUCAACACUGGAACAUUUCACUUGACUGUUGAGUCUAUAGCAAUUGUUAUUAAUGACAGCCCUGUCUUUGUAUUCCUUUUUUCCUGUGUAUUUGAAAAUGUUUUGAAUCUUGACUGUUUCACAGUAAAGUUUAUCUUUUGCAACCACUAUUUGGUGCAACACCAAUAUUGUACAAUCUUUUCUUUUUUCUGCCUUUUGCUGUUUAAAACUAAAACGUGUUCCACAAUACAAGCAUUUUCAAUGGUGCUUUACAUAUUGUUAAAUUAUUGAUGUCAUAAUAUUUUUGUCUUCGCCUGUUUAAGGUAAACAAAAGCCACUGAAUGCACUUUUAAUAAUGUUUACAUGAAGUAAAAAUAAACCAUGUUCAAUUUCUA